AUGAGUGGCUGGCCAUCCGCUCUCAUACGCUUCGCUUGUCACAUUCCUCUGGGAAUUGUCGGCUUCGGUAAUCUUUCCACAUGGAAGACACUGCAAAAAUUCCCUGUGCUUCACCAUGCUCCCUACAAUUCCAAUCUUAUGCCUGCAUGGCAGCUCGCCGCCGGCAUGGGCAUCUUUGGUUUUGCCUGGAACUUUGCCAUUUGGCUUCCAACAUUUGCUGCUGUUGGUCCCUUUUUGUAUAUACUGGGAAUUAUCGAUUUAGUCAUUGCUGUUUCGCUGGCAGUCGCAGCUGGUCUUCAGGGGCAAAGCAUCCCUCACGCUCAAUCGGCUUGCUCCGACUUCAUUAUGGCAAAUCCUCCCAAUUCGACGGCACCUAGUUUGUUUGUUGUGAUUUCAGACAAGAAUGCCACUUUGACAAACUGGCGCUCGGAGUGCAGUUCCACAGUCAGGGUUUGGCAAUUUGAAGUCGCAGUCAGCGUUCUUUACAUGCUUUCUGCCCUAUUCAACAUCAUAUUGGGCUCCUGUGGUAUUUCCCAUGAUCGAAGGGGCCGCUCUUCCAAGACAACCAAGCCCAGAAAGAGGGCCGGUUUGCUGAAGAAUAUCUGUUACUACCUCUUGUGCUGGCCGCCUAUCUUUGUCUUGUGGAAAGCACCUGCCUGGUCUAUUCUGCGAGGCCGCUACGCCAAACGUUUCAUGUUCAAAUUUUGGAGAGGCCACCGAGGUCAGGACGACGAUCUAGAAUUCGACGUAUUUGACGAGAAGAAAAGGCCACAGUCAAAAUCAGUGCAAGCCUUGGCUCACUUACUCCAACAUGGCAAUGUCCGGAUUGCGAUAUCGUCGAAUCUACACUACAUUGACAUUAUGCAUUUGAAUCUAACGUGCAAGGAAAUUCAUCAAUCUCUCAUUCCUGCAGGCCGAUCAUCUGAUAUUUAUCAACAACUACGAAUAUGGAGUUGUGAAUCGGGGUCCAAAACUCAAUGCUGGAUCUGUGUGUCACAAGUUUGCAAGAGUUGUCAGAUCCCACAUGUCAACAUCUCUAGCUUAGCAUUGGCUCACACAAAGCGGUGUAUCUCGCGUUGUUCGAAGUGCUAUUAUGACGAAAGGUUGAAAAAUCCCACCCCUUAUCAUCGAAGAACUCCCUGUCACUGUUACAGCAAUGGACGACGACGCACUAGUUACAUCGACAAAGAGAUAUUCCAGGAAGGCACCAACAAAGGAACGAUACAGCAGAUUUGUCGUGCUUGCAAUGCCUUGACGCCAGCCCAGCUCAAGGCCAAGCGCGAGAAGAAGGCCGAAGAGGAACUGAUGUUUUUGUCGCGACAGGCCCAGUCAUGUGGCAAAUGUUCUGCGAGGCUGGAACAUGGCCCUCGUUGGUGGUUAUGCUCUCAUUGUGAACGAGAAUGCAAAUACCACAAGCAUUUGCAGUGGGCGAAGAAGAAAGAUCUUCAGUAA